AUGCCACGUCCAGGAGGAGAGAAUUCCCACCUGUGUGAUGUGUGUGGAUACGCCAGCUCCAAGCUAGAUCGUUUUAAGAAUCACAUGUUCACUCACACGGGAGAGAAGCCAUUUGCGUGUGACACUUGUGAAUACAAGUUUAGAAACCGCAGUGAUCUCAAGAGACACAUGCGUAUACACACUGGAGAAAAGCCUCUCAAGGUGCACAUGCACAAUCACACGGGAGAGAAGCCAUUUGCAUGUGACACUUGUGAAUACAUGUGUAGGCUUUCCACUGAGCUCAAGAAACACAUGCGCACUCACACAGGAGAAAAGCCGUAUGUGUGCAAUAUAUGUGAUCACAGAUAUACUACCCUCGGUAAUCUCAAGCUACACAUGCGCACUCACACGGGAGAAAAGCCGUAUGCGUGCGAUAUAUGUGAACACAGAUAUACGACCCUCGGUAGUCUCAAGGUGCACAUGCACACUCACAGGGGAGAGAAGCCAUUUGCAUGUGACACUUGUGAAUACAUGUGUAUGACGUCUGGUAGACUCAAGAAACACAUGCGCACUCACUCAGGAGAAAAGCUGUAUGUGUGCGAUAUAUGUGAUCACAGAAAUACUACCCUCGGUAACCUCAAGGACCACAUGCGCACUCACACGGGAGAAAAGCCAUAUGUGUGCGAUAUAUGUGAUCACAGAUAUGCUACCCUUCGUAUUCUCAAAGUACACAUGCGCACUCACACAGGAGAGAAACCAUUUGCGUGUGAAAGAUGUGAAUAUAAGUGUUCUACGUUCGAACUGUCCGUCACAUGCGAGUGCGCAGCGGUCCGGCACGUCGAGUACGUGGAUCCAGUCUAUCUCAGCGAUUUUCCGCUGAUAGACAAUAGGAUUAAGUAUCAGCGGAAAAUCGCUGAGAUUGACUGGAUCCACGUCCUCGACGUGCCGGACCGCUGCGCACUCGCAUGUGAGGGACAGUGCUGCGCAGAGAACUUCACGCCAGUCUAG